GCCAGAGGACUGGAGAAAUGCAAAUAUGAUUUCGUUGUUUAAAAAGGAUACAAAAGAAAUGCCAAACCAUAAUAGGAUUUGGAAAUUGUUUAUUCUUAUCUUCAUGGAAUGGAGGCCUUGUCCAAUUUGAGGGAACACCAGCUGAGAUUAAUGUGUGAAACUGUCAGAUAUGAAAGACAUGAAGCAAAUGAAGUCCUAUACUACCCUGAUGAUAUUGGCACAUGUUGGUACAUUCUCUUGUCUGGUUCUGUAUUCAUCAAAGAGUCCAUGUUUCUUCCUAGAAGCAGUUUUGGCAAGCGCUCAGCUGGAAGUUUGAGACGUGGCUGUGAAUGUAUUGUACUAGAACCUUCAGAAAUGAUUGUGGUGGACUACAUGGAUGAAAAUGAGGAAUAUUUUCAGCGGCAAGCUUCUCAUAGACAGUCUCGCAGGCGAUUCAAAAAAAUUAACCAGAAAGGGGAGCGACAAACAAUCAUUGAUACAGUGGAUCCUUAUCCAGUGGGAAAGCCACCGUUACCAAGAGGAUAUCACACAGUAAGUCUUUGGUAA